AUGUCGAUUACAGAACUGACCUCAUGGUCUUGUAAGCUUUGUCAGUCCCCAGAAGGUCUGGGACCUAUCUCCUACUAUGGUGAUUUCACACAAUGUUUCAUCGAUGGUGUGAUUUUAAAUUUAACUGCUUUAUACAUGAUCAUAUUUGGUACCAGAGAUAUUGUACGUUUAGUAACUUCAAAGCAUUCUGGUGUUAAAUAUAGAAGACAUUGGCUGAUUGUCAGUAGAAUGACUCUAGUGUUAUUGCAGAUUCUUUUCACGGCUAUAGUUUCACUUUCAUUAACUACUGAAAAACACAAGGAUUACACAGUUAUCAGUCAAUAUACUUUGACACUUAUUUCUUUGUUUGUGGCAUUAUCUUUACAUUGGGUCGAAUACCAUAGAUGUAGAGUCUCCAACACAAUUGUAUUGUUUUAUUGGUUAUUUGAAUCAUUUGGUAAUGUUACCAAAGUGAUAAACUUCUUAAUUAGAUAUAAUUAUGAAAAUCGUUGGACUUUUGGACAUACUGUGUUUGUUUUCACAUUAUUCCAAGCAAUUACCUGUAUUGCUAUUCUAGCAGUAGAAAUUUUCCCAACUAAACCUUUAAAACCUUACCAAGAGAUUCAAGAACAUUUAUCUAGAAGAAAAGUUAAUCCAUAUGAUACUGCGAACAUCUUUUCUAGAAUUUCCUUUACAUGGAUGUCUGGUUUGAUGAAAGCAGGUUAUAAUAAAUAUCUUGUUGAAGAAGAUUUAUAUAAAUUACCAGAAAGUUUUGGAAGUGAAGAAUUGGCUGCUUCCUUAGAUAAGAACUGGGAAAAUCAAUUGAAAAGAACUAAUAAACCUUCAUUAACAUGGACUCUUUGUUUAACCUUUGGCGGUAAAAUGCUUGUUGCUGCUUUAUUUAAAGUACUACAUGAUAUUUUAGCAUUCACUCAACCUCAAUUACUAAGAUUAUUGAUUAAGUUUGUUACUGAUUACAAUAAAAAUAUUCAUGAUGCCUUAGAGAAUCAUUCACCAGUUAAGAAUUUACCAAUUAUAAGAGGGUUUAUGAUUUCUGUCAGUAUGUUUUUUGUUGGGUUUAUUCAAACUUGUGUCUUACACCAAUACUUUUUGAAUUCUUUCAAUACAGGUAUGAAUAUUAAGAGUUCUUUAACGGCUGUGCUUUACAAGAAAUCUUUAGUCCUAUCCAAUGAAGCAUCAUCUACUUCAAGUACUGGUGAUAUAGUCAAUUUAAUGAGUGUUGAUGUUCAAAAAUUACAAGAUUUAACUCAAUGGUGUCAUUUAAUUUGGUCCGGUCCUUUACAAAUUAUUUUCUGUUUAGCAUCGUUGUACAAUUUAUUAGGUAACUCUAUGUGGGUUGGUGUCAUUAUUUUAGUUGUUAUGAUGCCUGCCAAUUCUUAUAUUAUGAAAUAUCAAAAGAAAUUACAAAAAUCUCAAAUGAAGUUUAAGGAUGAAAGAACUCGAGUAAUUAGUGAAAUAUUGAAUAAUAUUAAAUCUUUGAAACUUUACGCUUGGGAAGGUCCAUACAAGAAGAAACUAGAGCAUGUUAGAAAUGAUAAAGAAUUGAAGAAUUUGACUAAAUUAGGUUGUUUCAUGGCUUUAUCCAGUUUCCAAUUCAAUGUUGUUCCAUUCUUAGUCUCAUGUUGUACUUUCGCUGUAUUUGUUUACACUGAAAACAAACCAUUAACCACUGAUUUAGUUUUCCCAGCAUUAACAUUAUUUAAUCUGUUAUCCUUCCCAUUGAUGGUUGUUCCAAAUGUUUUAACUGGUUUUAUCGAAGCUUCUGUCUCUAUUGGUAGAUUGUAUUCAUUCUUAACCAAUGAAGAAUUACAAAAGGACGCUGUUCAACAUUUACCAAAGGUCACUAAUAAGGGUGAUAUCGCUGUUAAUAUUGGUGACGAUGCUACUUUCUUAUGGAAGCGUAAACCCGAAUAUAGAGUUGCUUUGAAGAAUAUCAACUUCCAAGCUAGAAAAUCGGAAUUAUCAUGUAUUGUCGGUAAAGUUGGUAGUGGUAAGACAGCUUUGAUUCAAAGUAUGUUAGGUAAUUUGUUUAGAAUUAAAGGUUUCGCUACCGUACAUGGGAAUGUUGCCUAUGUGUCUCAAAUUCCAUGGAUUAUGAAUGGUACCGUUAAGGAAAAUAUCUUAUUUGGUCAUAAAUACGAUAAAGAAUUUUACGAUAAGACCAUUAAGGCAUGUGCUUUAACCAUCGAUCUUGCGAUUUUAAUGGAUGGUGACCAAACAUUAGUUGGUGAAAAGGGUAUUUCUUUAUCAGGUGGUCAAAAGGCUAGAUUAUCUUUAGCUAGAGCUGUAUAUGCUAGAGCUGAUACCUAUAUAAUGGAUGAUCCAUUAGCUGCUGUUGAUGAACAUGUCGCUAAGCAUUUAAUUGAACACGUCUUAGGUCCAAAUGGUUUAUUACAUUCAAAGACUAAAGUUCUGUCUACAAACAAAAUUUCUGUAUUAUCCAUUGCUGAUUCGAUUACUUUAUUAGAAAAUGGUGAAGUUAUUCAACGUGGGUCUUACGCUGAAGUAACUAAGGAUGAAGACUCUCCUUUGUGUAAAUUGAUUAAUGAAUUUGGUAACAAGAAAAAUGACAAGAAUAACAAGAAGAUGAAUAAUGCUGAGGAUGAAUCUGCUGUUGAGACUCCAUCUACAGCUGUAUCUGUUCGUGAAGAUACUGUACCAUUAGCUGAUGAAUUGGAAGAAUUGAAUAAGCUGCAAGAUAUGCAUCUAGUCUCAGAUGAAACUCAGAGUUUAAGAAGAGCUAGUGAUGCUACUUUACGUAGUAUAAAUUUCGGUGACGAAGAAAAUGCUUCAAGAAGAGAACAUCGUGAACAAGGUAAAGUUAAAUGGAAUAUUUACUUAGAAUACGCUAAAGCCUGUAACCCAAGAAAUGUUAUGAUUUUCAUUCUGUUUAUUAUUUUAUCUAUGUUCCUAUCUGUUAUGGGUAACGUUUGGUUGAAACAUUGGUCUGAAAUUAACACUAAGUAUAAUGAUAAUCCUCAUCCUGUUCGUUAUUUGGCUAUUUAUUUUGCUUUGGGUGUCGGUUCUGCUCUAUCAACAUUAAUUCAAACUGUUAUCCUAUGGGUCUUCUGUACUAUCCAUGGAUCUAGAUACUUACACAAUGUUAUGACAAAUGCUGUUUUGAGGGCACCAAUGGUUUUCUUUGAAACUACUCCAAUUGGUCGUAUCUUAAAUAGAUUUUCCAAUGAUAUUUACAAAGUGGACUCUAUCCUUGGUAGAUCAUUCUCUCAAUUUUUCGUCAAUGCUGUUAAGGUAGUAUUUGUUGUUAUUGUUAUUUGUUUCACAACAUGGCAAUUUAUCUUUAUCAUUGUUCCAUUAAGUGUCCUAUAUAUUUAUUAUCAACAAUAUUAUUUGAGAACCUCUAGAGAAUUACGUCGUUUGGAUUCUAUCACUAGAUCUCCAAUCUAUUCGCAUUUCCAAGAGACAUUAGGUGGUAUUGCUACAAUUAGAGGUUAUCAUCAAGAAAAGAGAUUCCGUCAUAUUAAUCAAUGUCGUAUCGAUAACAAUAUGAGUGCAUUUUACCCAUCUAUCAAUGCAAAUCGUUGGUUAGCAUUUAGACUAGAGACUAUUGGUUCUAUUAUUAUUUUAGGUGCAGGUACCUUAUCAAUUCUUAGAUUGAAACAAGGUACAUUAACUGCUGGUAUGGUUGGUAUAUCAUUAAGUUAUGCAUUACAAAUUACUCAAACUUUGAAUUGGAUUGUCAGAAUGACUGUGGAAGUAGAGACCAAUAUUGUCUCUGUUGAAAGAAUUAAAGAAUAUGCUGAUUUAAAGAGUGAAGCUCCAGAAAUCAUUGAAAGUAGUAGACCAGAAGAAGGAUGGCCAAUUGCAGGUAAUAUUCAAUUUGAAAAUUACUCUACACGUUAUAGAUCAGAUCUUGAUUUAGUAUUGAAGGAUGUUAAUUUAAAUAUUCAUUCAAAGGAAAAGGUUGGUAUUGUUGGUAGAACAGGUGCAGGUAAAUCAUCUUUAACAUUGGCAUUAUUCCGUAUUAUUGAAGCAAGUUCAGGACGUAUCACAAUUGAUGAUAUACCAAUUGAUAAGAUUGGUUUAUAUGAUUUAAGACAUCAUCUUUCAAUAAUUCCCCAAGAUUCUCAAGUAUUUGAAGGUACGAUACGUGAAAAUAUUGAUCCAACAGAAUCAUAUUCAGAUGAAGAAAUUUGGCAUGUUCUUGAAUUAUCACAUUUAAAGGAUCAUAUCUUACAGAUGGGUAACGAUGGUCUAUUAACAAAAUUAACAGAAGGUGGUGGUAACAUGAGUGUUGGUCAAAGACAAUUAAUGUGUCUCGCACGUGCAUUGUUAGUUCAAUCAAAGGUGUUAAUUUUAGAUGAAGCAACAGCCGCUGUAGAUGUUGAAACAGAUCAAGUAAUUCAACAAACUAUACGUACUGCAUUCCAAGAUAGAACGAUUUUAACAAUUGCACAUAGAUUGAAUACUAUUAUGGAUAGUGAUAGAAUUAUCGUAUUAGAUCAAGGUCAAGUUAAAGAAUUUGAUUCACCUGCUAAUUUGUUACAAAACCCACAAUCGUUAUUUUAUUCAUUAUGCGAAGAAGCUGGUUUAACAAGUGGUACAGUUUCAACUAAGGAUACUAAUGAAGCUUAA